AUGACACCUUCAACGGCAUCAAGCACACCAGAUGAUGACAUCUUGUCAUCUGGAACUGGGACACCCAACAUGCCUGACAAGUUAACUCUAACUCCACCCUCAUCAACACCAGACAAAGUCAUCGACACAAAUAAACCUUUACCCACGACGAUCAUGUCAACUGGCGAUACCUCAUCACCAACCACAGCUAACCUGAGGACCACUGUGCUUAGCACAGCCACAUCUGAGACUCAAGAAAGAGACACUACAACUGUACCCCCAACCCCAGCGACAAGCCCCACAGUGGCAAGUAAGCCACCCGACACCCGCAGCACAGUCACAGAGACUCCUUCCCAGCCAGCACAGACCGACUCAAGUGUCAGCAUAACUGAAAUCACAACACUAUCACCAUCAAGUCCCAUCACCACUGGAAUGAGAUCAUCAGUGUCCCCAAUCCCAGGGGAGGCAGACAAGACCAUGAUGACACCUUCAACAACAACAACACAUUCAACAACGACAACACAUUCAACAAUGACAACACAUUCAACAAUGACAAUACCUUCAACAAUGACACCUUCAACGGCAUCAAGCACACCAGACGAUGCCAUCUUGUCAUCUGGAACUGGGACACCCAACAUGCCUGACAAGUUAACUCUAACUCCACCCUCAUCAACACCAGACAAAGUCAUCGACACAAAUAAACCUUUACCCACGACGAUCAUGUCAACUGGGGAUACCUCAUCACCAACCACAGCUAACCUGAGGACCACUGUGCUUAGCACAGCCACAUCUGAGACUCAGGAAAGAGACACUACAACUGUAUCCCCAACCCCAGCGACAAGCUCCACAGUGGCAAGUAAGCCACCCGACACCCACAGCACAGUCACAGAGACACCUUCCCAGCCAGCACAGACGGAUGCGAGCGUCAGCCCGAGUACAACCCAAUCAUCUGAUCAUUCUACAGCCCUUCCUCCUAGCUCCUCGGAGACAACCAAAUCCUCCACUAUGACUGGGACCAGUAAAGCACCCCCCAGCUCUAGUCAGAGCAGUGGUCUGGGAGGUGGUGCCUGUGCUUUGGAUGAAUAUCAGGCCAGUACCGGAGGUUGUGCAUGCAAUGACAGCUACUAUUCCCACUUGGAACUAUCUAGAGAGAUAGCCACCCUGCGCUGCAGGCCACAGGAUAUUGAGGUGUCUCUCAGGAGCUGCUUCCUGAAGACUCAACACUGGGUCCUGAAGCAAGAUACCUUCGAGAAGUGUUUCAGUAUCAAUACGACAGAAGAAGGUCAUCGGGUUCAGGUCUUUCAGUUGGAGAAGAAGGAGGGAACCUGCGGACUCCACAUCUCUACCAACAGUAGCCAUGCUCUGCACUCUUUGGAUGUGCACCUUGAACAGGAUCUCCCGGACUCCAGCAAAACUGACUUCAGAGUGCUCCACUUCAGCUGUACCUAUCCACUGGUCGUGAACGUCAGCAAGCCUGUCUCCUAUCAGGAGGUUUCCAUUCCCUCCAACCAUGUUCCAAACACUGGGGAGAUCAUCAUCACCCUGAGCAUCUUCACAGACUCCAAACUCUCCGUUCCACUUAAGAACAGUACAGCUCCUGUCGGCAUGGCUCUCUAUGUGGUCCUCAAGUCCACCAACGAUGACGCUGACCGGUUUGCCCUGGUGGCUAAUGAGAUCUUUGCAAGUACCAACGUCUCCAACAAAGAGGCUAAGGCCACCUAUCAUUUUGUGAAGGAGAGCUGCCCAGUCCGGAGCCGGAUGCUCCAGGACUUGAGCAAUGGGGACUCCAUGUAUGUGACACUGGCCUUCACUCUCUCACGAUUCUUGAAUAGUGACAUGCUCUACCUACAUGCCCAAGUGACCCUCUGUGACAAGCGAAUGGGACACCCAUGCCAACCGUCUUGUAGUGGAAAGAACCCCCUUCGGAGAAAUUCAGCCUGGGAUGCUCGCACUGGGACCCAGAUGCAGCCUAGCGGUGGCAAGUGGAUCGUGUUUGGGCCUCUCCGAAUAAGCGAGUCCAGAGCCUCUGGCAGCAGGAACUCAGCAGGAGCCUGGAUCUCCAUCUUUCUCCUGACCAUGAUUGGCUGGAUGCUGGAAUAA